AUGCCCCGCCCAACCCUCCUAACCUCCACCUCCACCUCCCUCCUCUCCCACCUCACCCGCACAAUCCGGCACUCCUCCACCUCUACCAAAUCUCUCACCCCCCGCCAACCCAUCUACUUCGGUCCCAACGUGUAUUGGGGAAAAGCGUGGAAGAAUGUGUAUGGAACUGGGUUACUAUACGUCCCCGUCGUUGCAGCCGUCAUGUUUUGGCCCGUUCCAAUUGCGCCAAUGAUGAAUUUCUCAAAAGGGGUUAAGAAGGAGGGUUUAGUUGCUUAA